AACCAUGGCGAGUCCAAGGACAAGGAAAGUUCUUAAGGAAGUCAGAGCACAAGAUGAGAACAAUGUCUGUUUUGAAUGUGGUGCAUUUAACCCCCAGUGGGUGAGUGUGACCUAUGGAAUUUGGAUCUGUCUUGAAUGCUCAGGAAAACAUCGUGGCUUGGGAGUUCACCUCAGUUUUGUACGCUCUGUAACUAUGGACAAAUGGAAGGAUAUUGAGCUGGAGAAAAUGAAGGCUGGAGGUAACAGCAAAUUUCGAGAGUUCUUAGAGUCUCAAGAUGACUACGAUCCUUGCUGGUCAUUGCAAGAGAAAUACAACAGCAAAGCUGCAGCUCUUUUUAGAGAUCAGGUAGCUACUGUAGCUGAAGGCAAGGAGUGGUCCCUUGAAACAUCUCCUGCAAAGAACUGGACACCACCACAGCCCAAAAUGUCCCUCUCCUCAGCUCAUCGUACUUCUGCUGGACAAUCUCAGAAUGCAACUGCCUCGUCCGACAAAGCGUUUGAAGACUGGCUAAAUGAUGAUGUCAACUCCUAUCAAGGUGGCCAAGAGAAUCGUUACGUGGGAUUUGGGAACACAGUAACACCUCCAAAAAAGGAAGAUGACUUCCUGAAUAAUGCCAUGUCGUCACUGUACUCGGGAUGGAGCAGUUUUACAACUGGUGCUAGCAAGAUUGCCUCAGCUGCUAAAGAGGGUGCUACCAGAUUUGGAUCUCAAGCAAGUCAAAAGGCCUCAGAGUUAGGUCAGACAUUAAAUGAAAAUGUUCUCAAACCUGCACAGGAAAAGGUGAAAGAGGGGAAAAUUUUUGAGGAGGUCACCGUGGGGGUAUCACAGUUGGCCAGCAAGGUAUGGAGCGGCCUCCUUGCCUUUGAGGAGGCCAAAUACCAAGCCAAUUCAAAGCAACCAGCUGAGGGACACAGCUACCAGAACAGUGGAGGGGAGGGCUACCAGAACAGCGCCGUAGACCAGAGCUUCUGGGAGACCUUUGGCAACUCAGAUGCACCGAAAGCUCAUAAAUCCCCAAGCAGCGAGAGCUGGACGUACGUGGACAAUUCCACAGAGAAGAAGAGCUCCGACAGCUGGGACGUAUGGGGUUCAGGAACAGUCUCCAACAACAAGAACAGUAACAGCGACAGCUGGGAAAACUGGGAGACCAACUGGGAAAACGCAGGAGGGGAGAGCAAGACCAAAAAACCUCCCAAGGCAGCGAAGAAGGCGUCUGCAGCCGAUGAUCGGUGGGAUGACUGGUAG